AUGGCAAUUUCAAGACGCAAAAAAGCUCAACAAUCACGCCGAGCAAAUGAAGCUGAAAGACUUAGAAUUGACAAUGAAAUUGUGUUAUUUAUUGAAAAUCAAAUAGCGGACUCUGAAGAUGAAAAUGAAUGUGGUGAUGAACUCAAUCAGGAACUCUUUCCAGUCUUUCUCACUCGUGACACGUCCAGAACAGCCAUUGGAAAGCGCAAGAACAAAUUUGGGAACGUCAAGAAUUACAAGAAGCCAAUUCCUCAUCCAAACCCCACCAUCAAGCGCCUAAUCUCUAAACCCGUUCCCAAACAAACUGAGCAUAAUCGUCGAAGGAAGGCACACGAAGCGGUUGGCAAAAACAUUGGCUUUAUGGAUAACUGGGUUGUAAAAGAGUCUCAUACUAUCACAUCUGAAGAAUCAGUAGCAACCCCCGAUGCCAAUCCAGGAUCAAAUUCUCUCAUCGAGUUGCAACUUGAAUCAGACGACUGCAGCGAUGUCACAGACCAUGCAUCUGAUCAUACUGAAGAUUUUCCGGACAAGCUAGAGACCACCGACACAAUCCAUGAAGUUGAUUCGGAGUACAACGAGUGGAUAGCUUCAUCAGUACAGCAAGUUCAAGUGAAUCGAGAGGUGAAGCAAGCUUCCAAGAAAGUGUCGGUGGAUCAACACUUGAAAUCCAUUGAGGAUGAAUGGACUACACUCGACCUCAAGAUACAAAGAGCAAAAAUCAAAUACAAGGCAGAACACAGCAAAGACCCAAAGCGGGACAUCCCUCACCUAGUCUUGGACGAGCUCAGGGAGUUUAAUUACCGUCGCAGAGAGCUUUCUUUGGCAAAUUCCAAAUCGCCGACCAUUCAGGCUUCAGUACUUGCAGCACAAGCUUCUCUUCGUCAACUUCCCAGCAAUCACAUGAACUUCUCUUCGGGUGUGGGGAGAGCAAGAAAGAUCCGAGCGCAAGCUAAACACCUGCUUGACUUUGGAUUGGUGAUCUUCUCACAAUCAGGCUUCGGAAACCUGGCAAGGUCACUCCACGUCGGUUCUGGGACUACGUCAAUAGCACAGCUCUACCAAUCACUAAUCCAGGUAGAUCGAUCUCAUUGGUAA